AAAAUCUACAUGAAGCUCCUAGAUAACCUGUAUCUCAGAACGUGUUCGUACAAUCUCCAAUGCUUUCCCCACGCCCCACACGCCGAAAGAAACGGGCCGCGCAAUCUGCCCGAAAGCUUGAUUUCUGUCCUGUGAAACUAAGCAUCCCUCCACUGUUGAAUAUGUCGGCAGUAGGGUAUCGUACCUGGAUCUGGCUACAUGUGCUAUCAUGAUGGGGUGCUAUGUAACGCACAUGGAUGUUUAGAGUGCUACUUUAGCUCAUGUACGAGGGGAAUAAGAUAAGGAAAGGUAAGUGGAUUGAUUGUUGAUAGGAAGAGAAGGGAGAGUAUAAGUACUGUAUUUCUCUUCAACUACCCUCUGUUUCUUGCCCAUACUCUGUCUCUAUUAGCUUAUCUAUACUCUGAUAUCUGCAAUUCUGAAAACACUACUCUUCCAAUCUUACAAUGGCAACCAUCUAUGAUGAACCCACUGGGUGCAACUGCGAUAAUGAAUCAACCUAUGAUCAGUCAGCCAUAGACGCAGCAUGUAAGCAAGCAUUACUGCUUGCAUCUGAAAAGAAAACAGUUGGAAAGGAUAAAUAUCCUCAUGCCUAUAAUGACUACGAAAAGUUCACCUUCAUCCCUGCCGCCAAAAAGCCCUAUCUCGAGUUUCCUAUUCUCUCCAACGGUGCAAUGUACAGUGGUUCGGAUCCCACUGCUCCGGGUGCGGAUCGCAUCGUCAUUGGAAGCAUUGCUACCGAUUAUAAAUCCGCUGUUUUCUGUGCCGUGAUCACACAUGAUGGAAGUACUAAGAAUGGGUUUACUGAGUGUACGAAUACUGGAGAUAGCGGAGAGAGAGCCUAUGAAAGAAAGGACAGGGGAGAAGAGGGGAAGGAGGGGAGAGAAUUGUUGGAGAAUUGAUUUGUAGCUUCAAGGGAAGUCUUGAUGGGUACUGAUAUUGGACGAUCAAAUGAUGGGAAUUGUAUGCGUAGCUCCAUGAGAUGCUUGCGGUACUACGAAAUUAUAGGGCAAUUGAUAGAAAUUGGAUUUCAUUGCUCCAUAUCUCCAAACUUGAACCUAUCAGUACCUGCCCGGUCACGAUGGAUCCAAAUAUCAUAAACUGCA